AGAACGCAUGCUUCUUAGUUGAAAGGGACUACCACGAUGAAAGGAUGAUACUCACAUAACCUCAAACUCAGCCUCAUUGUUUUGGAAUAUAAUUUCUUUUUUAACAAGAUUUUCAGAAAGUGAUUAAAACUACGGCUUGAAAAACGUGACUAUGUCUGAAGAAGAUGUUCAACAAGUGCAAAAAAGUGAUCGUUAUAAGCGAAAACGAAAAAAGUCAUUUUUAAAAAAUGCUAGAAAAUAUGCGAAGAAAGGCUGUUACGGUCGAGGAAGUCAACUGGACGCUGACACUUACCAAUAUUUUGUUGGAAUUAUGGAAGUUUACAGGCAAGGCUUUGAUUCAGAUGAGGAUAAAGCAAUUUUCGUAAAUAAUGUAUUUGAACAAACUGUUGGUCAGGAAAUCAAUUGCUGUUGCAACCAAGUUGGAUGUCGGGUGAUUGAAAUGUUAAUACCUUUUGCCAAUGAUGAAGUGUUGAGAAGAUACAUGACAUGUUUUGGGGAGGAGCUGAGGCCUUUAUGUUGUGACAGAUUUGCAUCACAUGUUCUGGAAUCAUUGGUAGCAGAAGCCACCAAAAAAACGUUUGAACCAACUUCUGAAGAUAAUAUUAAUUUACAUUGUAAAGAAUUUGUUUUAAAAGUAAGCAGAUUUUUGCUUAAUAAUCUAGAAGAUUAUUUAUGGGACACAUAUGGAAAUCAUGUUAUUAGAAGAUGUUUGGAGAGCUUAGCACAAAUUCCAAACGAAAAGAUAAAAUUAGAAGAUUUUAACACAAAAGUAGAACUUCCAGAAGACUUCAUUGAAGUCAUUAAAGAUUACUGUGAAAGAAUAAUGCAUUGGCCCCAGUUUGGUGACUUGUGCCAAACCGAUGUCACUUCUGGAUUCUUACAAUCUUUACUAAAAGUUCUCAAAAAAGCAGACAAAAAGUUGCUGAAAACACUUCUACAGAAGUUGCUUGCAAUCAAUUUUGCGCCAGAGGUUGAAACCAAUGAGAGUGAUAAACUGUCAUCUGUUUUUUUAUCUAAACCGGCAAUGAUGGUCUUGGAGAUCGCUUUGGAAGUUUCCAAGUCAAAAAUGUUUAGUCAGAUAUUUCUAAAAUGUUUUUCUGGCAGACUCAUUAAAUUGGCAACUACAAGAAGCACAAACUUUACUGUACAAAAAUUAAUAAUGAACUGUAAGGAAAAAUCAGAGUUUGAAUUAAUGUUUGAUGAACUGUGCAACAACUUUAAAGAAAUUAUUGAAGCAGGUCACACGGGUAUAAUUUGGGGCCUUGCCCAAAGUUGCAAGAAUUUGGCCUCAAAACAAGGGAGUUUUAUGCAAAACUUGAUGAAAAGUUUGGACUGCGUUGAAGAAGAAAGACACAAGGAUUUCAUUUUAUGUUUAUGCAAAUUUAAUGAUUUUGAUACAACUCAAAAACAAUCAAAAGAGAAUCUUCAAAAGGAUAAAUUAAGUUUGCAUGGGACCUUAAUUCUUCAAUUGUUACUAGAAUUUAACAAACCAAUAAAAAUUGUCAAUGGUUUAUUGAACAUGGAUCAAAACGAAUUAAAAGCCUUGUUUUCUAACACAAUGGGUAGCCACAUUGUUGAUUCAUACGUCAAAAGUGUAUAUGUUGGCGAAAAGAGCCGUGAAAAGUUAAUUAGGAAAAUGAAGGGGACUUAUCAAGAGUUGGCAUCGUCUAAAUUCGGUUCAAGGUCAUUUGAAGCAAUCUGGAAUGCUGCCAACUUGAAAAAUAAAUUGGCGAUUAUGGAAGAACUGGUCUAUAAAGAUGGGUCAUGGUCUAGUUCACAGUACGGUAAAAUAAUUGCAAAUAAAAUAAAUCUAGCUUUAUACAAACGCAACAAAGACGAGUGGAAAAAUUCUUUUAAUAUCGUCAAAAAGGCCGAAAAACUAUUUGAAGAUAUUUUGAAAUAAUACAACAAAUAUGUGAAUUUUAUAUUGGGAAAGUACAUCAGUUUUAAAAUAUAAAUAAAAUAAAUAAUAAACACUAAA